UUAAUAUUCAAUUCUCUCUAAGUUCACUCUAAAAAUGAGAACAGGUAUUUUGCUGAUGUCUACCACCUUCUCGAUGAGAAUGCUUAGAAAUGACAAACUACCAUGCUGAUUGGAGAUGUGUUUGGAAAAAAAAUGGCAUAAAUGGGAAUGAGACCAUUGACAAACAAAUCACAAAUGAAAUAAGAUAUUCUGCCAUGGAUAUUUUCUUCAGUUGAAUCCACAUCAGAAAAAUUACUAUUUUCAAGACUCCACAUCAGGUACAU